AUGACAGCGAAGACUCCCGACAUUCCAUCCUAUAGCCAGAUAGCCUGUGUUGGGGCCGGCUUGUCAGCCGUAGCCCUAGGAGCAACGCUAAAGAGAUGGUACAACCUUGAAGACAUCCGCUUCUUCGAACGGCAUCCCACGAGUGGUGGAACGUGGUACAUCAAUACAUAUCCAGGAUGCGGCUGCGAUGUGCCUAGCGCAUUGUAUAGCUUUUCCUUUGCUCUGAACCCAAACUGGACAAGGCUUAUGCCUUCGAACACGGAGAUCAAAGAGUAUGUUGACAACGUGGUUGACACAUACAAUCUUCGUCGAGCGAUGACCUUUGGCACGGAAGUAGUCCGUAGUGUGUGGCGGGAAGACGCAAAUCGCUGGACUCUAUACCUACGUGAACUGGAAACGGGACGCGAAUAUACGCACGAGUGCCAGAUCCUCUUUGCAGCAACUGGACAGCUUGUCGAGCCGCGACCAUGUGAUAUCCCCGGUGACGCAGACUUCGGCGGGAGUAUAUUCCAUUCGGCGCGGUGGGAUCAUAGCGUGGAUCUCGAAGGGAAGAAUGUCGUCGUUAUUGGCAAUGGCUGCACUGCUGCCCAGAUCGUUCCAGCUUUGGUCAAUGAGGGAAAGAUCAAAUCCCUUACACAGAUCGUUCGAACGAAGCACUGGAUCUUUCCGGUUCCAAACUUCUCCUAUCCUCGGCUUCUGCAGUGGAUCUUCCGCUACGUUCCUUUGGCCAUGAAGCUGCACCGAUUUCACAUCUUCUUGCUUGCUGAAAAUGACUUUCGCUUGUUUCCGAUGACGAAGGGAGCAGUCGAGAGAAACGGCGAAUCAAAGUAG